AUGUUUGACAUUUUAAACAGUGUUCAUAAGUCAAUUGGACACGGAGGAAGGGACUGUAUGUUAUUUGAACUUAAUAAAAAAUAUAAAAAUAUUACCCAAGCUGAUGUGAAGUUGUAUUUAGAUUUGUGUAUUCUAUGUCAAGAGAAAAAAAAAUCACAAAAAAAAGAUAUUGUAGUCAAACCAAUGGUUUUUAACGAUUUUAAUAGUCAGUGUCAAAUUGAUCUUAUAGAUUUUCAAUCACAACCUGAUAGAGAUUUUAAAUUUAUAUGUGUCUAUCAAUAUCAUUUAACAAAAUUUUGUAUUUUAAAACCCUUAACAUCAAAACGAGCAGAACAAGUCGCAUGUGUGUUAUUAGAUAUUUUUUGUUUAUUUGGUGCGCCCGCUUCUCUUCAAUCUGACAAUGGUAGGGAAUUUUGUAAUGAACUAAUUAAUUCAUUGCGUGAGACGUGUCCUGAUUUAAAUAUCGUUCACGGGAAACCAUGGCAUAGUCAGUCGCAGGGCAGUGUUGAACGAGCCAAUCAAGAUAUUGAAAAUAUAUUGACAACUUGGAUGCAAGAUAAUAACACUAAUAAAUGGAGUGAAGGACUCAGCUUCGUUCAAUUUAUGAAAAAUAGCGCCUAUCAUUCUGGAAUUAAACAAAGCCCAUACAAUGCGAUGUUUGGAACUGACCCUAAAACUGGCCUAACGUCAAGUAUAUUGCCACACACUAUACUACAAGAAAUACCAUCAAUCGAAAAUAGAAAACGCAAACAAACAGAAGAACGACAAAAUGCAAGAGACAACUUAGAAAUACAAGCGAAAAAAAUGAAGAAUUUAUCAAAUGCUAAAUUUCCAGAAGCAAAAGAAGGUUCAACAGUUCAACUUAAAAUUCCUAAUAUUGAUAGAGGGAGGGGAGAUCCUCGAUCGGUAAUUGCUGUGGUUCUCAAAAUUACUGAAGACGGGUUCUAUCAACUUGGAUGUAAAAGUG